AUGGCAUUCAGAGCGCUCGUCCUCUCGUGCAUCCUACUCCUCGUGUCAACGUCCGCGUUGGCGCAGCGCGGUCCACCUGGCGGAGGUCCUCCUGGCGGUCAGGGACAAGGGGCCGCGCGCGGAGGCCCGGGCGCCGGUCCUGGCAGUCCUGACGGCCCUGGCGGGCCUGGCGGAAAGCCGCCACACGGUCCGCCGCUAAACCUGACGGCCGUCGGGAAUCUGACGGCCGAUGUCGGCGCGCGACUGGCCAACUGCACGGCUGAUCAGAAGAUCCUUGACGGCCGCUUCCACCCCGCCUCCUUCAAGAACGCCACCGGCAAUUACAACCUUCUCGUCGAGUCGCUCCUGGUGGAUGCGGCGGGCGGUCCGCCCGACUCGCUCGCGAUCGUGAAGGGCGCCGUGUGCGACGCCGCCGCGACGAACAACGCGGACGCUGCCACCCUCGACGCGCUGCUCGCGGUGCUCCCCAACGCAUCGCUUCCGCGCAAGAGCGGCGGGGGCGCCCGCGGAGGCAGCGCGGGGGGCGCGCGGAGCGGGAAGGGUGGGAGGCGCAUGGGGCGGGAGCUGCUGAUGCGCUCACUCGGCCGCGCUGCCAGGCAGGGCGGACAGAAGCAGGGGGGGCAGCAGCAGCAAGGAUGGCAGCAGCAGCAGGGGGGGGGAACGCAGCAGCCGCCUGCAGGUGAUUUUUCUGGUGAUGGCGGAGUGAACAGCACAGUGAGCGGGUAUGCUGUGCUGGCGGGCAGCAGCGCAGCAGGUGUGACGCGGGGCGGACAGCUCAUGGGGGCCAAAAUUCCUGAUGCUGCUACGGCUGGUUCUGCUUGA